UUUCCUAACUCGCUCAGAUUUAGGGUUCAAAAUCCCAAACCCUACCCUUCACGUUUUCUCUCUUUCUUUCCCCUUUCUCUCUACAAUUAUUUCGUUCUAUUCUUUGCAUCAGCGCGUGGGGGGGUUCUCUAAGAGGCGCGUGAGGCUCACGCCCACACCCGAUUCAUGGUUUCGUCCUCGCCGGCAUUGAGAAUUUCGAAUUCCGUGCGUCCAUGGCGUCCGCCGUCUUAGCCAGAACCACCACCAACGCAGCGGGAGCAAGAGCAGGAGGAUUCAUGGGCAAAGUCCCUUUCUCAAACCCUAACCCUAAUUUUACCACAAAAAAACGACAUCAACAACAACAACAACGCGAUGCACAUAACGGCGGCGAAUUAUUCGUCGUAGACGAAUCCCCGGCCGUGACCCAAUCGGCCGCAUCUGACGAUGCGUCGUCGAUCAACCACCGAAGACCUAGCACCACCACCAGCGAAUUCAACCAGCGCCAAUACGUGAGCUUCAACGUCGCGUCGUACUCUAAGAAACAGCUGGGCGAGCUCAAGGCCCGCCUCGCCGCCGAGCUCGACCAGAUUCGCCAUCUCAGACACCGCCUCGAAUCCCAAGCGACACACAAUAACAACCACGCUCCACCGCAUUCCAAGAAAUCGAAGAAACUAUCGGGCAAGAAGCGGCCCUUGCCCGAUAACCCGAUUCACCCGAAGAAUCUGACGCAUCCGAACCCGAAUUCGAACUCCAACAUGAACAUGAACUCGGCGUCGAUGAAAGCGUGCAAGGAGAUACUGACGAAGCUUCGGAAGCACAAGAACGGGUGGUUUAACGAGCCGGUGGACGUGGUGAGUAUGGGGCUUCACGACUACUACGACAUAAUCAAGCAGCCCAUGGAUUUGGGAACCGUCAAAUCCAAGCUCGCCAGGAAUCUCUAUCAAUCUACGUCUGAUUUCGCCGCCGAUGUCAGGCUCACCUUCACCAACGCCUUGACAUACAACCCUAAGGGCCAUCUCGUCUACGCCAUGGCCGAGCAACUCCUCACCCGCUUCGAGGACCUCUUUCGCCCCCUUGGCGAAAGGAUCCAGCGCCCACAGGAAGAAAAGCGACGGGUUUUUGAUGCGGGGGCGGAGGAGGAUUUACAGGCCAGCGAUAACGACAAUUCAAUGCGAAUUGCUGCGGAGAAAUCGGAGCGGGUGGUGGAAGAUAGGGUUUCGGAUCAUUCGGAUCAGUUUCAGGGGGUUCAAGGGACCUCGUCGAAUCCAGUGAGGUCGCAUUCGCCGGCGAAAUCAGCGCCAUUGAAGACGACGAAGCUUCCGAAGCCCAAGGCGAAGGACCCGAACAAGAGGGAGAUGAACCUGGAGGAGAAGCACAAGCUGGGGAUUGGGCUGCAGAGCUUGCCUCCGGAGAAGAUGGAGCAGGUGGUGCAGAUCAUAAGGAAGAGGAACGGGCAUUUGAAGCAGGACGGGGAUGAGAUCGAGCUCGAUAUAGAGGCCGUUGACACCGAGACCCUUUGGGAGCUCGACCGCCUCGUCACCAAUUGGAAGAAGAUGGUCAGCAAGAUCAAGCGCCAAGCUCUCAUGGGCAACAACAUCACCAGAAACAAUGGGGAGUUACCUAUGGUUGAAGCUGUGGCGAGCGAGGCAAAGAAGCCAAAGAAAGGGGAGGCAGGGGAGGAGGAUGUGGACAUUGGGGAUGAGAUGCCGAUGAGCAAUUUCCCACCGGUGGAGAUUGAGAAAGAUGUUGGGGGUCAUGGGAGUAGUAGUAGUUCGAGCAGCUCAAGCAGUUCAGACAGUGAUUCCUCCUCAUCAAGCGAUUCGGAUUCAGGGAGUUCUUCCGGGAGUGAAUCGGAUGCCGAUAAUGCGCAGUCUUGAGGCAUGAGGCAUGUGUGAAGGGCUUUUCCAAGAGAAUGACUCCCAAGUGUAGAGUUGCAUUAGAAAUGCCUUUCCAUGAGUGGAUGGUAUGUGCCAGGUAAGGGAAUGUUGAAGUUGGAAAGUAUGAUUUGUGUUGACUUUGUGAGUGGCUCUCUCGUUUGGAGGAAUUGUCGAUGAAAUUGGCAGGGGGCAUAUUUUGGCUGUAGGGGGGGGGAGAAAAUGUAGGAGAGGUCAGAUUGUAGAUAAGAUAAGUGUAGUUAAAAAGGAAAAGUGUAGAAGAGUUUUAGAGGGAUUCACAGAUACUCGUUGUACAUACAUUAACCGCAUUAUUUAUACAUGAUUUUUCAGAAAGAAUUUGUGGUUUUUAUUGUCAAUAUUGCUGGGUGUGAUUCGUUUAAGCAAAUGCCGGCGGCCCCCAGGGCUUCGAUUCCACCCCCAUGUGCUUCUUCAACUGUACCAACAACGUGGGUUGGAAGAGUGUUGGCAAUGACUGUUCCCCAGGAGAGCCCUCGUCCAAUCUGGUCCAACUCCUGGAAAUAAUUGAGUUUACUUUGACUGAAAAACAUGUUCAAAGUAUAUUGGGAUUUGGUACGUCUUGAUGGGGAUGGGAUCUCAAAGUCUCUCUCUCUCUCUCUCUCACACAAACAAAGCACAGGACUCUGGAUGUGUCAUUGUGUCAAAAGGAGCAAUAAGUAUAUAUAUAUAGUUGAACCAAGAGAAGCACAAAUGUAGUACUGUUUAUAUUUCCCCACAUGUUCAUACAUCAGGAUACUAUUUGCAAGUGGUGGACCCAACAAUGUGUUCUUGCAGUUCCAUUUACUCGCACAAUCACAACAACAGAGAUUGUUGAGAAAAAAUGGCUGGGUGUAAUUUUCUAUAUUAAACAUGGCAGUAUUUUGUUGACCA